GGAGGGGCGGCGGCGCGAGCGGCGGCGGCGGUUCCAGCAUGGAGAGGAGAGCUGGCCUGGGGGGCAGCAUGAGGUCAGUGGUGGGCUUCUUGUCCCAGCGGGGCUUGCAUGGGGACCCCCUGCUCACUCAGGACUUUCAGAGGAAACGCCUGCGGGGCUGCAGAAACCUCUACAAGAAGGACCUCCUCGGCCACUUCGGCUGUGUCAAUGCCAUUGAAUUCUCCAACAAUGGAGGCCAGUGGCUGGUCUCAGGAGGAGACGACCGCCGGGUUCUGCUGUGGCACAUGGAACAGGCCAUCCACUCCAGGGUGAAGCCCAUACAGCUGAAGGGAGAGCACCAUUCCAACAUUUUUUGCCUGGCUUUCAACAGUGGGAAUACCAAAGUGUUCUCUGGAGGAAAUGAUGAGCAAGUUAUCCUCCAUGAUGUUGAAAGCAGUGAGACCUUGGAUGUGUUUGCUCAUGAAGACGCAGUGUAUGGCUUGUCAGUGAGCCCAGUGAAUGACAACAUUUUUGCUAGCUCAUCAGAUGAUGGUCGAGUUCUCAUUUGGGACAUCCGAGAGUCUCCUCAUGGAGAGCCCUUCUGCCUGGCAAACUAUCCAUCUGCCUUCCACAGUGUCAUGUUUAAUCCUGUGGAGCCCAGGUUAUUGGCCACAGCCAACUCAAAGGAAGGAGUGGGACUCUGGGACAUUCGAAAACCUCAGAGUUCUCUCCUGCGCUAUGGCGGCAACCUAUCACUGCAGAGUGCCAUGAGCGUCCGAUUCAACAGCAACGGGACCCAGCUCCUGGCCCUGCGGCGGCGCCUGCCCCCUGUGCUCUAUGACAUCCAUUCCCGCCUGCCAGUUUUCCAGUUUGACAAUCAGGGUUACUUCAACUCAUGCACUAUGAAAAGCUGCUGUUUUGCAGGGGAUCGUGACCAGUAUAUCCUUUCAGGCUCUGAUGACUUCAACCUGUACAUGUGGCGAAUCCCUGCAGAUCCAGAAGCAGGUGGCAUUGGCAGGGUAGUCAAUGGAGCCUUCAUGGUGCUGAAAGGGCAUCGAUCCAUUGUUAACCAAGUUCGAUUUAACCCCCAUACCUACAUGAUCUGCUCUUCAGGUGUAGAAAAGAUUAUCAAGAUCUGGAGCCCAUACAAGCAGCCAGGGUGUACGGGAGACCUGGAUGGGCGAAUUGAGGAUGACUCCCGCUGCCUCUACACCCAUGAAGAGUACAUCAGCCUCGUGCUGAACAGCGGGAGCGGCCUUUCCCACGACUACGCUAACCAGUCGGUGCAGGAAGACCCGCGCAUGAUGGCCUUCUUCGACUCCCUGGUCCGCCGGGAGAUUGAGGGCUGGAGCUCGGACUCGGACAGCGACCUGAGCGAGAGCACCAUCCUGCAGCUGCACGCCGGCGUCAGCGAGCGCUCGGGCUACACCGACUCCGAGUCGUCCGCCUCGCUGCCCCGCUCCCCGCCGCCCACGGUGGACGAGUCCGCCGACAGCGCCUUCCAGCUGGGGCCCCUGCGCGUCACCGCCACCAACGCGGCGGCGCCGGCCCCGCCGACCCCGUGCGAGGACGCGGCCGCGCGGCAGCAGCGCCUCUCGGCCCUGCGGCGCUACCAGGACAAGCGGCUCCUGGCCCUGUCCAACGAGUCCGACUCGGAGGAGAACGCCUGUGAGGUUGAGCUGGACACCGACCUCUUCCCGCGGCCACGGUCGCCUAGCCCGGACGACGACUCGAGCAGCUCCAGCAGCUCGAGCAGCUCGGAGGAUGAGGAGGAGCUGAACGAGCGCCGAGCCUCCACCCGGCAGCGGAAUGCCAUGCGGCGGAGGCAGAAGGCGCCCCGAGAGGAGAGGCCCAGCGCCCCAGCCAAGCCCAGCAGCGCGUACGUUGGAGAAGACAACUACGACUACCCCCAGAUCAAAGUGGAUGACCUGUCUUCCUCCCCCGCCUCCUCCCCUGAGCGGAGCGCGUCCACGCUGGAUGCUCAGCCAAGCCGGGCCCCGCAGAACUCCAACAUGGAAUCCGUUGAGCGGAAGAUUUACAAAGCUUACAAAUGGCUGCGCUAUUCCUAUAUCUCCUACUCAACUAACAAAGAUGGAGAGACCUCCCUGGUGACAGGGGAGGCGGAUGAAGGCAGAGCAGGAACCAGUCACAAGGACAGCCCAGCUCCUUCUUCCAGUAAGGAAGCCUGCCUGGCAGCCACAGCCCAGAGGAGCCAGGCCCUGCCCCCUGCAGGCUGCAGCAGGGAUGCUUGGAAAGAGGGCACUUCCAGCAGGAAUCCCAGCGGCGGCUCAGGCCACGAGCACAGCAACCACCCUUGGGCAGAGGUGCCAGAAGGCACCUCUCAGGACACGAACAGUGGCGGCUCUGUAGAACACUCUUUUGAGACCAGGAAGCUUAAUGGAAAGGCCCUGAGCAAGGCCCUGAGCAGCCGGGCUGAGGAGCCAGGUUCUCCUGCCCCCAAGGCAUCUGGCUCCACUCUCAGCGGUGGGUCUGGCAGCUGUCCUAGGACCCAGUCUGAUGACAGUGAGGAGAGGAGCCUUGACACCAUCUGCGUCAAUCACAACAACGGACGCUUACACGCCCGGCCUCCUCACCCCCACAACAAUGGGCAGAACUCUGGGGAGCUGGAGGCAGUGACCUACUCUUCCCCAGUAAAUCCAGACAUUGACCAUGAUAACUCGUCGCUGACAGGGACACUUCUACAUAAAGAUUGUUGCGGGUCUGAAAUGGCCUGUGAGUCCCCCAAUGCUGGGAUUAGAGAGGACCCCACUGACCCCUCGGCCACGGACAGCAGCAGGGCUGUUCAUGGCCAUAGUGGCCUCAAAAGGCACCGAGUUGAAUUGGAAGACACAGAUUCAGAAAAUUCCUCUUCAGAGAAGAAAUUAAAAACAUGAUAAAUACAAAGGGAAAACAAAAAGCUACAAAAAGUAGCUUUACAAAGUAAUUUUUUCUUGUUUAGUGAACACAAAGGAAAGGAAAAAAGUAUUAAAGGCACAUGAAACCAGGGCCUGAAAUUCUGUGUCUGCUGCUGCUCCCUUUUUCUUCACCACUCCCCAGUGGGUUGGAAUAUCUAGUUGGCCACUGCCUUGUGCUGUGUGAAAAUGGGGAAGAUCCACAUGGCUCCUCUCUAGGGAGAUGUGAGCUUGGGAUCCAUGUACAAGGGUCUGUGAAAGUGAACCCUUGAGGGGAUGCCUGACUUGUUCGUGUGUGCCCAUGUCCACUGGCACACGUGGCCAUGGGCCCAUUAUCUCGUUUCUUUUAGUUGUCCAUCAGCAGAGACCUGUGGGUCAGAGCUUUGGCUGUCUCACCUGUUCACAUCCAUAGUGUUCUGGUCUUAAUGAAGAGAGCCUGUUAGAUUCAGCUUGUGUUGCCACAGUGGUAGAGUUCUGCCAGGAGAAUGGAGGGGAGAUUGAAAAGAUUGGCUGCACUGAAGGAGGAAAGCAUGGUUCCUUUGAAGAAAUCUUCCAUGUUUUCUCUAACACAUCUUUGAGCAUUUAAUGUGGAUCUACUAAAAGUGGCGCAUUUUUUUUAAUGCUGAGAGGUUAGUACUUAAGAUCAGAUUGAAGAGCAUAUAGAUCCCUAAUAAUUACAUAUAGAUCCACUGCAAGCCGAGCAGGGCUGCACUGUGUGCUCUGUGGGGCCACACAAACGACCAGUCGUGGAUAACACACUUGAGCCAGCUAGGUGCUAGGUCCUGAGAGGCACCCAAGGCCGGGGGGUGCUUCCUUGGCCCCAUGUGACGAAAUCUAGACAUAAUGAAAGAAGAAAGGACAGCUCAGGAGAGCUUUUUGCUCGAGCUAAUAAAAUAAAGUGGAUGUUACAAGUGUGUUAAUGAAGAAGUGGUACUAUAUUUUAAUCCAAUACAAAUCCAUUGGUCAGAAAUAGUGAGGCUGCUGUCAUCUGUCAGGCUUGCUGUUAACAGAGGCUGUGGGGUUCUGACUGAAUGUCCCAGAGUAGUCAUCUGAGAAUGACAAAUCCUUGUCAUGUAGCUUUAUUUGGAGGAAGGGGGUGUGUGGUUUGUUUCCUGGCUUCCAGAAGAGACACCAUUCUCUUGAGGUAGGUAACAAUUAUGAGGAGAGGGGGGAAAAAAGAUUUUCAGCAGUAUAGUGGUUACAGUUCUACAGUAAUUAAUGAAAGAUUAAGUCAUGAAGACCUAGAGAUGACCAGACGUUUCGUUGGUGUAGAUAUCAUUAGAGCCAGAACACUGGCAAGACAUGAGGAAGACAGAACAAUAGAACAAUACGCCUUGUGAGUGCAGAGGUGCCCAGCGAGGAACCCAGCCGGAAGUGGCAUAGGAAGGGCUUAGCGGUGCAGGGCUAGCGUGGCCGAACUGAGCCGGCAUGCCUUUUUAGAGGAGGACCUGUCCUGGAAGGGAACCGAGAAGAGAGCCCCUGCGGCAGCUGAAGAAUGGAGGGGUCCUUAUGAAAAGUGUUUGGUGUGAGCUGAGAAGAGGUACCAUCUUGCUGAGCUUUGCAGAAGGGAAGAGGUGCCUCGUAUCUGAAGUGACUGAGGUCUGAAAGCACUGUCUGAGCAGGAGAGCAAGGAGAGAGAGUCGAGUGGGGGUGCUUCCGACUCAAGAGCCCGACUGUGACUGGGGAGUGGGACAGAUUCUGUAACCAACAUUAGAAUUACUUUGGAUUUGUAAUCAAAAUGGUUCUAUGAUUUAUCUUUGAUUAUUCACAGAUAAUUGUAAAUUCUGGUUUUAUAAGCCCAAGUCAUUUUACAUUUGCUUUUCCAAAUGUAUUAAAUUGGAAUUUUUUAAUCCUUUAUAUACAAAAAAAAAAAAAAAUGACCACUCAGUGUGUGUUUCUCUUCCCCUUGUUAGUCAGCAUACCUGGUUCUUACCUUCUGUUUUAUUUUAAUCUAAUCAAGUAGCUUCGUCUGACUUCUAAAAACAGUCCACAUACCUGCCUGGAGAAAAAGAAGGAAUAUUCCCUUAGGAAGUAAUUGUUGGUGAUUAUAAUUUCUAAAUAUAUAAUUUGAUGUUUCUUGCUAAAAGCCUUUAUUUCACGUGAAUACUCAAAAGAGAAAUUCAUUAAAGUCAGGUUUCAUUUAGUUCAUAACUUUAGAAGCCAAGAAUGCUUAUUUUUAGAAGGAUGCCUCUCAUCCUUGGGAGAGAUCCUUCCUCCAGCUUACCAGAAGUUAGGCCCUGUGAAAUAAAUGUAUUCUUUUAGCCACUCCACUCUCAUUUCCAGAGAUCUUGUCAUGGUCCUGGAAGCCUGGCCAGAACCUCCUAGGGUCCCUUAAAUGGGUGUAGAAUUGAAAUUGAGGCCUCCAACUCUCUGUAUUCUUCCAUGGUAGGUGUUUUUUUUGUUUUGUUUUGUUUUGUUUUUUUCCUAGGGGAGCAGAUGGCACUGAUUAAGAACUAUAUGGAAGUGCCUCUUGGGUUUUUUCCCCCCCGUAUCCUGUAUAUACAUAAAGUUUUAAGUGGCAGGUCCAAAUACCCAUUUCCACCUUAUUUCCCGCCUGGUUUUGUAAGUUGGCUUGGGCCAGUGAAGUUUGUGCUCGAUUAGAAUCCUAGAGUCUUGUGUUGUCUGUCAAGGUGCCUUCCUCUGCUGAAGCCUUAGCUCCUCACACCUGCCUCUCCUCACCCAGCAACGCCGACUCUACUCGUGUGUAUAUGCAAAUAAACCUGUUACUCACUUC